CUCAGAGUGAGCGGGGGAGGAGCCUGAGUAUAUAAACAGCCAACAUGUGGCUCGGAGGCUCAGUGUCCACGCUCAACUUGUCUCAGAAAUGAAGCUUUCCCUUCAGUCAGUGUGUCAGCUCACCUUCCUGAGCCUCUGCUGCACACUCAUCGCAGUGAGAGAGUCAGACAGCACGUUUGUCCCGGGAAGAUGUUUGUGUCCACAUACAGUACUAGGUGUCAGGGGGCAACUGAAGGAGCUCACCGUCCACCAAAAAAGCCCCAGCUGCAACAAGGUCGCAGUCAUAGUGACACUGAAUAACAAUGAGGCUGUGUGUCUGAAUCCAGAGGCACCAAUGGGCAGACAGCUAAUUCGCUGCUGGAAUAAGGUUCAUGAGAAGAAUCUUGAUGGAAAAGUCUGCCUGAAGAGGAGGAGGCGAGGGAGAGGGAGAGGAAAAGGUGGUCAGCGCCAGCGUUCUCGACAGAGGAGCCGGGGAAACAACACUAAAGCUUCGGCUCAGGCCUCCCAGUAGUCAACCAGCCUGACAAAUGAAACAAAGCUACUGCAUGGAGAUAAGUGUGUUCAAGCUGACUGCCAAACUGUGGACCCUUAACUCCAGCACACUACCCUUUUUUAAUAAAUAUAAAUGUCACACAGCUCAGGCACUAAGCUCCCCUAAAGUGCUGUCUGGGCUGUAAAUCAAACUCCUUUUCUUGGCCAGUAGCAGGGGGCUUUUUUAUGUGCAUGUGUGUAAAAUGACUGUGUAUUGAAAACUAAGCCCUGGAGGCUUGCCAUAAAUGUUAAAAAUUUUAGCUUUAAGACACUAUCAAAUGGUCAAUGUAUUGUUUAUGUGUAGUUCUGUGUAUACAGCUGGAAAAGCUAACUGAACACUGUUUGGUUAUUUAUUUUUUAUAGGAAUAUGGAGAUUUUUCAGACACUGUUUUUUAAAUAAAUAUACCUGAACAAA